AUGUCAAUGUCCUGCAAGAAUGGUGGCGCCCCCACGUCCUCGACCGGGAGUAUGGAUAAUGGGAAGUACGUGAGAUACACACCGGAGCAGGUUGAGGCCCUUGAGAGGCUGUAUCAUGAGUGUCCUAAGCCAAGCUCCAUUCGCCGCCAGCAGCUUAUUCGUGAGUGCCCAAUUCUCUCAAAUAUCGAUCCUAAGCAAAUCAAAGUCUGGUUCCAGAAUCGAAGAUGCAGAGAGAAACAAAGGAAAGAGUCUUCAAGGCUUCAAUCGGUGAAUAAGAAGUUGACAGCCAUGAACAAACUCUUAAUGGAAGAGAAUGACAGAUUACAGAAGCAGGUUUCAAAUUUGGUGUAUGAAAACACGUAUUUUCGCCAGAAUAAUGCACUUUCUACAAAAGACACAAGUUGUGAAUCAGUGGUGACGAGUGGUCAACACCACCACUUAACACCUCAGCAUCCGCCAAGGGAUGCCAGUCCUGCAGGGCUUUUGUCCAUUGCAGAAGAUACUUUAACAGAGUUUCUUUCAAAGGCUACUGGAACUGCUGUUGAGUGGGUCCAAAUGCCUGGAAUGAAGCCUGGUCCGGAUUCCGUUGGAAUCGUUGCUAUUUCUCAUGGUUGCACUGGUGUGGCAGCAAGAGCUUGUGGGUUGGUCGGUCUAGAACCUACAAGGGUUGCAGAAAUCCUAAAGGAUCGCAGUUCGUGGUUUCGCGAUUGCCGGUCUGUGGAUGUUCUGAAUGUGCUGCCUACUACCAGUGGUGGAACCAUUGAACUUUUAUACAUGCAGCUAUAUGCGCCGACAACUUUGGCCCCAGCACGUGACUUCUUACUGUUACGUUAUUCUUCGGUCAUGGAUGAUGGCAGUCUAGUGGUCUGUGAAAGAUCACUUAGCAAUACUCAAAAUGGUCCGAGCAUGCCGCCUGUGCAGAAUUUUGUGAGAGCAGAAAUGCUGCCAAGUGGACACCUAAUUAGACCUUGUGAUGGGGGAGGAUCAAUUAUUCACAUUGUUGACCACAUGAAUUUGGAGGCAUCGAGUGUUCCCGAGGUGUUGCGUCCACUCUACAAAUCUUCAACAGCACUUGCUCAAAAGACAACAAUGGCAGCUCUUCGCCAACUGAGGCAGAUAGCUCUGGAUGUUUCCCAGUCUAAUGUAACCAAUAUGGGCAGACGACCAGCAGCUCUACGGGUACUAAGCCAGAGGUUAACCAGGGGUUUCAAUGAGGCGCUAAAUGGGUUUUCUGAUGAGGGUUGGUCAUUGAUGGGUAAUGAUGGCAUUGAUGAUGUUACCAUCCUUGUGAACUCUAAUCCCGACAAAUUAAUGGGCUUAAAUGUUUCCUUCACAAAUGGAUAUACCUCCGUCUCUAAUGCAGUGUUGUGCGCUAAAGCAUCUAUGCUUUUACAGAAUGUGCCUCCAGCAAUACUACUUAGGUUUUUGCGUGAGCACAGGUCAGAGUGGGCAGACAGCAACAUAGAUGCAUACUCUGCUGCUGCUAUUAAAGUUGGUCCCUGUAACUUUAUAGGGUCUCAAGUUGGUAACUUUGGGGGUCAAGUUAUACUUCCGCUGGCUCACACCAUCGAGCAUGAAGAGUUGCUUGAGGUCAUUAAGUUGGAGGUGGUUGGCCAUUCCCCAGAAGAUGCAAUAAUGCCUAGAGACCUGCUCCUCUUGCAACUGUGCAGUGGAAUGGAUGAAAAUGCUGUUGGUACCUGUGCUGAACUCAUAUUUGCCCCAAUUGAUGCCUCUCUUGCUGAUGAUGCUCCGCUUCUGCCUUCUGGUUUUCGUAUAAUUCCUCUUGAUUCGUGCAAGGAAAACUCCAGUCCAAGUCGCACCUUGGACCUCGCUUCUGCUCUUGAAACGAAGACUAUAGGAAAUAAAAGCUCAAGUGGUGAUGCUGUUAUCAGUGGUGCUACCAGAUCUGUAAUGACGAUUGCAUUUCAAUUUGCAUUUGAAAGCCACAUGCAAGAAAAUGUUACGACAAUGGCCAGACAAUAUGUACGUAGCAUCAUAUCAUCAGUUCAGCGGGUGGCAUUAGCACUUUCUCCAUCUCAUCUAGGCACCCACGGCGGUCUUGGAUCGCCACUUGGAACUCCUGAAGCACAUAUUCUUGCUCGUUGGAUCUGCCAAAGUUACAGGAGCUAUAUGGGUGUGGAGCUUUUGAAAUCUAGUGGUGAAGGGAGUGAAUCCGUCCUGAAAGCUCUUUGGCAUCACUCAGAUGCUAUUAUGUGCUGCUCCAUGAAGGCAUUGCCUGUUUUCACUUUUGCAAACCAGGCCGGUCUUGACAUGCUCGAGACAACCUUGGUUGCACUUCAAGAUAUAACUCUCGAAAAGAUAUUCGAUGACCAUGGAAGAAAAAAUCUAUGCUCCGAGUUCCCACAGAUAAUGCAGCAGGGUUUUGCAUGUAUUCAAGGUGGUAUCUGUUUGUCGAGCAUGGGAAGGCCAAUCUCUUACGAGAGAGCAGUGGCUUGGAAAGUUUUGAAUGAAGACGACAAUGCUCAUUGCAUCUGCUUUAUGUUCGUGAACUGGUCUUUCGUCUAA